AUGAUGCGCGUGGCGGAGCUGUUGCUCGUGCACUGUCUGGUCAAAGUCAUGGUGUGUGAUGCAGAGGGCGAGCAUGGUCACAUGGAAGAUGACUUCCACGGGUAUAACGAUUCCGCAGAGAUCGACGCUUCGGAGAGUCCCCACACUGAGGAUAAAUGCCGCGGUUACUACGAUGUGAUGGGUCAGUGGGACCCGCCGUUCGUGUGCAGGACGGGAAACUACUUGUACUGUUGUGGCACCUGUGGAUUCCGCUUCUGCUGCGCGUUCAAAAGCUCACGCCUGGAUCAAACCACCUGUAAGAACUAUGACACCCCGCCGUGGAUGAUGACAGGACGGCCCCCGCCAAAGGUGGACGUGGCUCUGGACGCGUCCAAGGAUAAAACUAACCUGAUAGUGUAUGUGAUCUGCGGAGUGGUGGCCAUCAUGGCACUCAUUGGGAUAUUCACCAAACUGGGUCUAGAGAAGACGCACCGGCCGAACCGAGACAACAUGUCCAGGGCUCUUGCUAAUGUGAUUCACCAGUCCGAAAACGAUGGUCUAGUUGGACAACACUAUGAGAACCUACAAAGCAGAAUGAACAGUCUAUGUGGUCCAAGUUUCUGCAUGAGUUAG